AUGAAGCGCGCUUUCGACGAAAUCUCCGACGACGAGUGGGACAACCACUCUUUCAAGCCGUCGCGCGUUCUCAAAACGACACCGCCUAAUAAGCAUAGGCAUAAAUCAGCUGCACCUCCUCCUAUAGAAUCCUUUGUUUUUAAAAAGCCUUUAAAUACUCUUAAUUCCGAUAGCAGCAGCGAUGAUUGCCGAGAAAUUACUCCGCCUUUCAAUUUGGAGGAAGAGGAUGAGAAUUUGGAAGAUGAUGACGUCUUAGAGGAUGAUUUUGAGGAGGUAGCGAGGCCACCACCGGCGAAUCGUGGCCGUCGAUUUGUAGUUGAUGAUGAGGAAGACGAGGACGAGGACGAGGGGAGGAAGGAGGUAGAAAUCGAGCGAGGAGGAGGAGGAGGAGGAGGAGGAUUGAAGUUGCAAGAGAAUGAUGUGGUGGGAAAGGCUUUGCAGAAAUGCGCCAAAAUAUCGGCGGAGCUGAAAAGAGAGCUCUACGGCUCUGCAGUCACUUCGUGUGAGCGGUACGCCGAGGUGGAAGCUUCUUCAGUGAGGAUUGUGACUCAGAGUGAUAUUGCUGCAGCAUGUGCAGUGGUGGAUUCAGAUUUUCAGCCUGUACUCAAGCCAUAUCAGCUGGUUGGUGUGAACUUUCUUCUUUUGCUGUAUAGAAAGGGCAUUGGAGGAGCCAUAUUGGCAGAUGAGAUGGGGCUUGGGAAGACCAUUCAGGCAAUUACAUAUUUAAUGUUGUUGAAACACUUGAACAAUGACCCCGGUCCACAUUUAAUUGUAUGUCCUGCCUCUUUAUUGGAAAAUUGGGAAAGAGAGCUUAAAAAGUGGUGUCCAUCAUUUUCUGUGCUCCAGUAUCAUGGGGCUACACGAGCUGCCUACUCAAAAGAGUUGAGCUCUUUGGCCAAAGCUGGGUUGCCACCUCCAUUUCAUGUGCUUCUUGUUUGUUACUCACUCUUUGAACGACACAGUGUCCAGCAGAAAGAUGACCGUAAAAUUCUGAAACGGUGGCAAUGGAGCUGUGUCCUUAUGGAUGAAGCACAUGCUUUGAAGGAUAAGAACAGCUAUAGGUGGAAAAACCUGAUGUCAGUUGCAAGAAAUGCAAACCAGCGUCUGAUGCUGACAGGGACACCCCUACAGAAUGAUUUGCAUGAAUUGUGGUCCUUGUUGGAGUUUAUGAUGCCUGAACUUUUUGCUACUGAGGAUGUAGAUUUGAAAAAGCUACUAAACGCAGAAGAUAGGGAUUUAAUUGGUCGAAUGAAGUCCAUCUUGGGACCAUUCAUAUUGAGGCGUUUAAAGUCUGAUGUAAUGCAACAACUUGUUCCAAAGAUACAGCGGGUUAAAUAUGUUUUCAUGGAAAAGCAUCAGGAAGAUGCUUACAAAGAAGCCAUAGAGGAAUAUCGUGCAGCUUCACGUGCUCGUAUUGCAAAGCUUUCGGAUGUUGACGUGAAUGCUAUUUUUGGAAUUCUUCCUCGGCGGCAGAUCUCAAAUUACUUUGUUCAGUUUCGCAAGAUAGCAAAUCAUCCAUUAUUAGUGAGGCGAAUUUACUUCGAUGAGGAUGUUGUUCGUUUUGCUAAGAAGUUGCAUCCAAUUGGUGCUUUUGGCUUUGAAUGUACCUUGGAAAGAGUUAUUGAAGAACUCAAGACCUAUAGUGACUUUUCAAUUCACCAGCUUUUAUAUAAUUAUGGUGUUAAAGAUACUAAAGGAAUCCUUUCAGAUAAGCAUGUCAUGCUUUCAGCAAAAUGUCGGGCGCUAGCUGAACUUCUUCCUGCACUCAGGAGAGAUGGGCAUAGAGUUUUAAUUUUUAGCCAGUGGACUUCAGUGUUAGACAUCUUAGAAUGGACUUUGGAUGUAAUUGGGUUGACAUACAAAAGACUUGAUGGGAGUACCCAGGUGACAGAGAGACAGACCAUAGUUGAUGCUUUCAACAAUAACACUUCUAUAUUUGCAUGCUUGCUAUCGACUAGAGCUGGAGGGCAGGGUUUGAAUUUGACUGGAGCUGAUACUGUUGUUAUCCAUGAUAUGGAUUUCAACCCUCAGAUUGAUCGGCAGGCGGAAGAUCGAUGCCAUCGCAUUGGCCAAACAAAGGCUGUCACCAUAUACAGGUUAGUGACCAAGGGUACAGUUGAUGAGAAUGUUUAUGAGAUUGCACAACGAAAGCUUGUUUUGGAUGCUGCUGUUCUAGAGACGGGGGUGGAGGUGGAUAACGAGGGCGACACAUCUGAGAAGACAAUGGGACAGAUACUAUCAUCACUUCUGAUGGGCUAAGAACGUCAACUGCAUCUGAUAGCAACUCAUCAGACAUCCUUUGAAUUUGUCCUUCCCUUAAUUUUUGUAACAUCCAUUGUUGUAUUAGAUAGAUGAUAGGUUUAGUUUAGGGAAAAAGUGGGGGAAAGGAACAAAGUUACAAGAAGCGGAGAAAGAAAGAAAAUCAUUAACAAUUGAUAGUGCUUUCCCACAAGGGUGUAAUUGCCCUUAAAUUCAUGCAGUGGUGAAAGUGAAAUAUCAAUGAGACUUCAUGAUUUGACCGAAGAUAGCUGUUUAUUUGAGAAAAUAAUUGUUUUUAUUUUUUAUUUUAA